AUGCCUGGUUUCUAUUUCUAUGAAAAACAUAUCACCUCUUCUAAUUGUUCAGAUACUAGAAAUGCUGGUAGAGCAUUGAUAACAACUGACAGCAAAUUUAGUUAUUGUACUCCUUCUGAAUCUUUUGCUCAUUACAUUGAAGAUAUGAGUAUAUCAAAUGAAUCUAAAAAAAGAGGUGUAGCUUGUCCUACUGGUGGGUCUGUACCUGAUAACAUUGCAUACUCGUCCAUUGUUCCCGAACCAUCAUUUUCCUUUUCCUUUACCUUUUCUUCUGUCUUUUUUGACAGAAUCAUCACAAUCAAAGAUUUUACCAACUCAUGGCCAUCCUAUUUGACCUAUUCCAUGCCAAUGAGUUACCAAGCCAAUGGAGCUGGUAAUCAAAUCCCUCUAACCUCUAGCUGUUCUGCCACCGCUGGUUGCGUCCUCUCGUUUCCCAGUGACAUUAGAAAUGCCACCGUUUAUGCAGUUCCCAAUUUCUUGGCUCCACACUCCCAAUUACAAAUAGAAUCAUUCAAUUUCCAACUGAAUCUUUGCUUGGUAAGACGUGCAUCACCAAUUCAACCACUCAAUGCGACCUAUCUACUUAUGAUAUCUUAUCCACAAAAUGAUUGCUCUGGUUUAAAUGCCCCACUUGCUGUGAUGUCAGCGGUUAUCGAUCAGUGUUAUGUAGGUGGCUUUACAAGAUCCUACAAAUACACCUACGAUGUAGAUACGGAUAAAGCAGCUGUCGUCGCCUACAACAACGAAGUUUGUCAAGAACCAGGCGUCGAAUCAAUCUCCUCAACUCAUCUUGGACAAUGCCAAUUAUACCUUCUCACAGGUACAAAGGCGCGUUUUAUGUCAUUUAAAGUAUCGGAAUUCCCUCUAUUACCUGUAGAAGGUCACUAUUUCUAUGAAAAGCAUAUCACCUAUGAAAAUUGUUCAGAUACUACAAAUGCUGGUAGAACAUUGAUCCAUGCAUCAGAGUCAACAUGUGUACGUGCCGAAAACUAUGAUCGUUUUAUUAAUAGUAUUUCGCAACAGGGUGCUGGAUUGCUCUCUAGUUAUAGUGUAUCUACUAGUUGUGGUCAAACAAGUGGAAUUACAUUCCGUGGUCUAUCAUGUGGUGUAGAAAUUGUACCAGACAAUAUUGCCUACUCGACCGUUGUUCCUGAACUCGUAUUUGCCCCUUUCCUUUCCUCAGUCUCCCUUGACAGCAUCACGGUCAAAUACUUUACCAACUCGUGGCCAUCCUAUUUGACCUAUUCCAUGCCAGGGUAUUCAAUGAGUUACCAAAUCGAUGGAACUGGCAAUCAAAUACCUCUAACCUCUAGUUGUUCGGCUACCGCUGGUUGCACCCUCAAUUUCCCAAGUGCUGGUCUGAAUAUCAAACUUUAUGCAACACCUAAUUUCUAUGCUCCACCAGGUAUCACACCCCAAGUUACUACUCAAACCAUUCAAUUACCAAGUCCACCAAAAGUAACAUCAAUCAAUAUUAUUAAAACAAUGCAUGACUCUAUUACAUUUGAAUAUGUAGUGAAUGAUCUUUCAUAUGGAUCUGAAACAACAUACAUUGUAAAGGUGAAUGGAGUUGAAAAUAAUUCAAAUGCUAGUUGUGCUGUUGGUCCAUCUUGUACUAUCAAAGGUCUUGUUGCUGGAUCAAAUGUGACCCUUUCGGUGUAUGCUGUUACUAGAAACUAUGCAUCUGUUGAAUUUACUCAAAAUGCAACUCUUUACCAAGCCAUCACCAAAAUUGAAUUGCCAACAUUGGUCUCCAGAACAAACUCUCUUUCGUUGACAUACAAUCUUGUUGGAGGUGACAAAAGAUACCCACUGUUAUCGUCAACGACCAACUCAGUAACAACUGUUCAUCCACCAGCCUCACAACCUCUUCCCCAAACACAUAAUGCUCAGACUCUUGCCAGUAUCUCUAACCAAAACUUGACCGUUGUCUCUCUAGCAACCACAUCUGUCAUUGUUGAAUAUUCAUACAAUGGAGGUGUUCCAGGUGAAACCACUGUUUCGUUUACAGUUAAUUCUACCGCUGCUACUUGUACACCAAUCCAAGGUUCCUCCUCUCAAUGUAAUAUUUCAUCGUUGACUCCUGGUUCCACCUAUGACAUUGUCGCAACAAUCUCAAAUGAUGGUACUACUGUUACUGCACAAAAAACCUUCACCACCUAUCCAUCGGUUGUCCUCAGUAUCGCUUUGGAACAAUACAAUUCAUACUUUAAUGUUAGUUAUACUACCAAAGGUGGUAUUCCUGGUGCCACUACCUACAUUGGUGUUGUGAAUGGUACUGAAAUGGAAGCCCAUCCAGGAUACUUUAUCUACCACUAUGAAAAUGGUCAAUAUCCAUCAAGAAAAAUCUUUACCAUUGUUGUUUAUGCCACCAAUGAUGGUGACACUGACAUGGAGAUUUUAAGGUUCACCACCUAUGUCCCACCAGGUGGAUUUUCAACCAGCCAAGUGUUUGGUGUCAAUUCAGUCAACAUGACAUGGACAGAAUUAGUAGGUGGAAAACCAGACUCUACCUAUUACCAAGCUACUUUGGAUUUUGAAGGUGGUCCAAACAUUGUCAAAUGUAAUACAACGGGAUUCUAUUGUUAUAUCGAUAAUUUGGUACCAGAUGUCGAAUAUUAUUAUGGUUUUUAUGCUUAUAAUAGUUUCUUUAAUCCUCAUUACAAUAAUGGUGAUUCUCAUACUUAUCCAGAAUUAAACAAGAAUUGUACAGAUGAUUGUAAUGGCCAAGGUCAAUGUGUAAUUGGAAGUUGUGAAUGUGAUCAAGGAUGGGAUGGUCCAUCUUGUAAUAUUAAAUUAUCAUCCAAUACUACACAAUCCAUUGUCCUCGCACCAACCACAACUAAUCAACCAACUUUAUCAAUUUCAUUCAACAACCAAGUUAAAUUUUCUAUUGGAUUAUUGAAAUUGGUUGAGAUUGAUACAGUAAACAACAACACUGAUGUUCGUGGUUUGGAUUUAACAACAUUGACUGGAUGGAAAUCAAGUGGAAAUGGUUUAUACUACAAUGCAAGUGGAUUAUCAAUAUUUAUUGGUGCCACUCAAGUCAAACAAGAUAAUGCAGAGGUAUACUUUGCAGGUCAGACCUAUAAUAAUACAGUUGGAUCAAUCUUGUAUAACAUUACAAUUAGUGGAUGGGCAUUUGCUUCACCAAACAAUCAAUUUGAAAUUCAUGCUUCAAUUUCCAAUCCAACCAUUUGUAAAGAGACAUUAAAUAAUUCAACCUUCAGCACACCAAACAAUCUUACAUCCAGUUUAUUGAUUGGUGAUGCAACAGUAUCAGAAGCAUUAUUACAGGGAAAGUUAGUACAUUCAUCAAUGGUAGACACACUUCCAAAUAUCAUCACAUAUCGAUCAGAAUCAGGAGGAUCUGUCAACACCACAACUAUUGUCGCUAUCACACCAACAUUUACUCGAUCGAUUACUAUACAACCAUCAUUCCAUCUCAUCAAUAGAAAUCUGACCCAAGAAUGUACAACUGAUGAUUCCGUAUCACUAGCCCCAAUUUCACAUCCAUCCUUUAUCAUCAUGUUGAUAUUAAUCUCUAUUUUAUUAAAUAUUUUAAUUUAA